CUCAGACAUUCUUCUUUCAGGACUGCACUGCUGCUGCUGACUUUCUCAUUUAGGAGUGAAGAAAACCGGUCGCCAAGAUGUCUGAAAAAAAGAUGACAUCGAGCCGUAGGCACCAUCUCAAGAGUUUGGUGUUGAGCAUCACAAAAGGCCUUCUGGAGAAGGAAGUUGUGGAUACCGCUGCGGCCAAAGAGGCUUACAUGGCAGAAAACUGCGCUCCUCUGUCCAUGCCCUCCUCUACACAGGAUCUGCAGGAGCUGUGCAAGAAACUUCACCAGCAAAUCGACAAAGUUGAUGAGGAGAGAUAUGACUUGGAGUCUAAAGUGGGCAAAGCAGCUAAAGAGAUUGAGGAUCUGAAAAUCAAGGUGGUCGACCUGCAGGGCAAGUUCAAGAAGCCUGCCCUGAAGAAAGUGCGUUUGUCAGCCGAUCAGAUGCUUCAGGCUCUGCUGGGCUCCAAACACAAGGUGUCUCUGGACCUGAGAGCGAACCUGAAACAAGUCAAGAAGGAGGUCAAAGAGGAGGCUGCAGAUGUCGGCGACUGGCGUAAGAACAUUGAGGACAAGGCUGGUAUGGGUGGCAGAAAGAAGAUGUUUGAAGGCGAAGCCGCCUAAAUUCCUGGACAUUUCUUUAAUUAGUUGUUGUAGGAAUUCUACAGAGCUGCGCAUUCACUGAUCUUUUUUUUUUAUUUUGCAAUAGUUUUGUCUUCUCUGCUUUCAGUGCCUCAAUUAAGCAUUUGUUGUAUGCAGCAUGCACAUCCUGAAAAAGAACUGUGUGUCAUCAAAGAGCCACUACCAUUAAAUCAAUGCUUUUGAGGAAAA